CGUUCAACAAGCCCUGGUUUGGCUUUAGGUGUACACGUUGCUAGGCAACACUGUGACCAACUCCAACAGAAACAAAGGCUUCGUUUUCCGCCACUGACUGAAUGAAACACCCAAAAGUCACAGCGAUGGCAGCUGAACACAUCACGGGGCUGAAGCGGAAAAUCAGACUGCUCGAGGUGGAGAGAAAAGCGUGCUAUGACAGACAUGAAGCUGCUAUCAUGAAGAACCAGGAGCUGAUCCAUCAGCUGAGGGAGGACAACAGGAGGCUGCACAGGAAGCUGGCAGGAGCUCAUGCUCGUGAUGAGCAGGUGAUCAGAGCAGCCUUUCAAAACAGAGCAAGGGAGAGGGAAUCCUACCGCAACAAGUCUGUGAAGGAGAUCAUUGAAACACUAGACGAAUGCGUGCUAUCCCACAGGAAGCGUUUCAAUGCCCUAAAACAUGGCACUGAGAUCUAUGAGAGGCACCAUGAAGAGCUGAAGAUGGAGUACCGGAGAAUGAAACCAGAGCACAGUGCAGCGCCCCCUGGUCUUCGCACUUUGAAAAAAGAGGAGAAUGCCAUGAACUUGCGGGUCCUGGAGAACAGUCUGGAGAAAAGCCAGUUUAAGUGCAAGGAGGCCGAGAACAUCAUGAUUGACUACCUGAAAUUAAAGAGUCACUUACAGGAUGAGAGUCUGGCGUAUCAGAGCCAGCUCGACAGUCUGCAAGCAGAAAUCCUGAAGCACAGAGAGGAGCUUCGCAGUCUGCAGGUUGUGAAUACUGACAGCCAGCUCUCCAAAGAAGCUGCUAAGGCUGAGUUGCAGCAGGAGGAGGAGCUGCUUCACAAGGAGUGUAAGGAGAGGGAGCAAGUGAUAGCAAGCUACAGGAAAAAGGUCGAUGAGCGCAAGGCCCAGGCUGCAAAAGUUGAGAGAAGGGUCCAGCGAGCAGCUGUGCAGCUGGAUGAACUAAGCAGUGAGGUCCAGCACAGCACCACCAGGAUGCUGGCUGAAGAGGAGAAAGACAUCUCGACUGCUGAGGAGGCCUUCAGACGCAUCAAAGAGGCCACAGGGAUCACCAAUAUACAGGAGUUAGAGGAGCACUUUACUUCUCAGAAGGAGACACGUCGACAUCUGGAGAGGCGGCAGGAGGAGAACGAGGAGGUCCUGCUGCAGCUGAAGGAGCAGAAGGAGCUUCUGGAGCAACAGUUUGAAGAGAUGAAAUAUUCUGGGGAGGCUAAACUCUUCAGCCACCAGCAGACGCUCCAGGAGCGUGAGCAGCAGCUGCAGGCUGAGCAGCAGAGGUGCGAUGAAGCCGAAGAGCGACUGGAUUGGCUUGUGAAAACCCUCGGUGCCGUCCGACACGGAGUUGAGCACCUGGCAGACAAUCUUCAGCACAUCUCACUGGAUGAGCACACAGUUCCCAACAUGCAUCCAGACUCAGAGGACUUUGUGGUGCUGGGGCUGAUGGCCCAGUGUGAGCAGAAAUUGGAGUCUCUGCAGAAAGAGCUUGAGGGGAAGGAUGUGGCUGCUAUAAUGAAGGAGAUGUUGGAAAAGGAGUUCUACGUCAGGAUUGAGGGGAAACUGCCCGAACACAGCACCCAAGUCAAACCACCUGAGGAUCAAGCACAAGAUCCAUACAGUGAUGAGGACAAGAGUGACAAGGACGGGGCUCACGUCAUCUCUCGUGAGGCACUGAAGCGUCAAUCUCAGCUAAUCGUCGACUCUAACUCAAAGAGAAAGGCCCAGAAGAAGAGGAAGGGCAAGUUUUAAUCCGACAGCAUCUCCAAACUCUCCCAAAAUAAAGCAGUGACGUGUAAAACGGGAUGAUUUUGAGCCGAGUGAACAGACUGUGAUUUGCCAUUGCUAUCAAGUUUCUCCUCUUAGCUGCUGCUACAAGGAUAUGUAGUAAACAGCAAAUGAAGAUUUAAGUUUUAACAGUCUUACAUGACUGUCAUGAAUUGAUACCUUAUGUCUGUACUUGUUGUGUAAGUAGGUUUCAUUUGGCAACAGUCAGCUGUCAACACUUUACUCCACAUCAUUUUUGGUUGUUUUACUCAUAUUUCACUCUCUGCCUGUCUCCACAGAAUACACUAUACAGGAAAGAGGCGGCUCUAAAUGGGUCUUGCAGACUCAAAUAUAUGCAUCCACUAUACAGGCAAUUUUGUUGAGCACUACAUGCAUGCUAUGUGGUCUUGUGUGCCUGUCCGGAGGUUUUGGCAGAAAAUUUUUUAUUUUUUUUGGCCUGUCCCAUUUGGAUCUUCAGCCAUCAGAAUUGUUGUCUGAAGGCCAAAAAAGAUGCCUAGCGGAUUUA